UUCGGUAAUUAUGGUGGAUAUGAAAUACAUUUUGGAUACCGAAAUCAAAUUGAUAUCAUUGCAUACAACUAUCGACACCAUUGGGUAUACUAUGGGUACAUUUGUUGGACUGACAUAUAAAUGGUUAAACCGGCAGAUAGUGAUGGCCAUUGCGUUUAUUAUGAUGUCUGGCCUAUACGCGUGCACACCAUUACUGACCAGUCUAUGGCAACUAUACCUAUUUUCAUUUCUGUUUGGUUUCGGCUCCAGUAUCAACAUUAGCGGCUUUAUUGUCUGGACUAUUGAACUGUGGCAACCACGUAGCGCACCCGUACUACUGUUGAACUCAUUGGGUUUCGGUCUGGGCACCAUUAUUGGCACUGCAGUUACGUCAAUGUAUACGACCGGCAACAUUGAACCGGACAAACCACUGGUACCGGUUGAUGUUAGACGAGACAGAUUAACGGUACCGUCACUUUUCCCAUCGCAUCACUGGUAG